CCCACCCUUUAACCUACCGUCACAUCAGGACAUGACAAAUGGGGAGAGAGUGCUGCACUAGUACUCAACUGGUAUUUAUUUUCGGUUGAGUAGACUGGGAAAACAUGAAAUAAAGGGCAUUUAUAAAGAUCGCAACGAUCCGACUGGUCCAGGAAUUGAACUCACGACGCUAGGAUCACGAACCGAACAACCUCACUACCAGGCAACGCGCCUCCGUAUUUGAUGUAGUUUGAUGUUUUAAAUGAUUCACUGACAAAGACUAAUGUCUAAUCAACUAAUUUAAGGGAGACAACCACAAUAUUUUAAAGGUCUAACCAUCACAUUUUAUUUUCAUAUCCCUACAAACAUGUGCUUUGUUUCUAAUUAGAAUAAACCAAUUGCAAAUCAAAAUGAAACUUUAUCGUGUCUUGUAAUUCAAGAUAAUUUCUUAAGCGAUUUUUGGAUCGACCGGAAGUCAAUCAAAAUUAUUACAUUAUCAUUGGAAGCUAAGUUGUUGAGUAAUCAAUCGCUGAACCUUCGACAACACGCUAGAUAAAAAAAAAAUUAUAAUUUAUUACACAGCAUUUUCUUAAAGAUUGAUGGAAUUCAUUUACAACCCUCAAGAAUUUCAUUGGAGUCUUCCUGGUUGUUCAGAAUAUAAAGAAAUACCAUUAAGUAAGUUUGAUAAAAUAAUUAUUGAAAAAUGGAAUGAAGCAAUGCAAAAGGGAUACUUUAAAUAUGAGUUGAAUAUAAAGACCAAAAUUCUUCCUGGUAAACGGGGUUAUGUUGCCCAGUUAAAUCCUCUCAGGUUUAUUGAGAGAAGAAAACCUCAACAUAUUCAAAGUGUCAAUCAGGAAUUUGAUCCAAAUUCUUUCAACUUCAAUAAGAUUCAUGAAAAAGAAGUAUUACUGUUACCAGUUGGUUUGCACUGGAUGAAUCAUGAUCCACACGAUAAGUUGCAAAAUAAAAUUAUCAUCAAUGUGAGUCCUUUGGAGUUUGGUCAUUGUUUAAUUGUACCUGAAAUAAAUAAAUGUCUUCCACAGGCUGUCACUUCAUUUGGACUACAGCUUGCAGUAGAAUUUCUUUUACUCAGUAAACACCCUUAA